UCAAAGAUUCAAAACAAUCACUCUCUGCCCCCACAGGGAUUAAGAAAGGAGAUAUGUAUGUUUUUCUUAUACAAAUAAUGAAAGCUGAAGAGUGAUAAAGACAGGAAGAAUCUCAUACUAAAAGAGAAGAGACAGAGAUACAUAAUAUCACUCACUUGCCUCUCUGGUCACGGUAGCAUAGCGGCGAGGUGACGUAACACCUCGUUCAGGUAAAAUGCAAGCAAAAUCUGACAUUAUUAUCAGAUCCGAAAGUUCCUUUAGUUACGUUCGAUUAACCCAUAUUGUGUACAAGUGUUUGACGUCAUAUUACGUCCUCGAUUUUUCUAUCAAGCGAGGGGCGUCGGGUCGCAGCGGUCCCGCCGAUUCGCAAAUGCAUCGCGCAUGCGUCGAAAUUGCGCCAAUUUCGCGGCGCAGCGUCCUCUGACGACACAGGUCCCAGUCUACUCGGUGCUCGGGGGAGGGAUGUCGCAUCGCGCGCGGUCGCUUUUCACGGAGGGGAAAUUCAAAAAAAUUAAAAUGCCAUAGUUCGAAAGUGUUGCACCGCGACUCAAAACUCACUGUUUCGAUGUAUUCGCGGCCGACUACGUUAAGACUAACUAGUGUUGUGUGUUUAGGUAAAGUUUCAGUGUUAAAUGUUUUUGAAUGCCUGGUUGCGUGGUUAUUUAUUUACUAAAUAAUGUUUCAAUAGUUGUAAAAUUUGUUCGUAUGUGCACGUAUGUUACAUGAUCGCGUACUGCAAUUACGUUUUGAUUGCGGUGUCCGCCGCGUUCUCAUUCAAGUGCCAGUAUAACCUUGACACGUUUUCCCGCGCUAGAACCCCAACCUUGUUUUCAGUUGCACUCUCUCUUGACAUUUACCGCAAAAGCAAGUCCUCUUUUGCUAAUCAGCGGGUUAUUUAUGAAAAUGUAAUGAGGUUGUAUAGUUGAAACACGCACCGGGUAGUUUAGAAAUGAUACAAGACAUUAAAAACUAUUUUAGAAUGUUAUUAGACUAAAGAUAGUUGAAUAUUUGUCGUCGUAUUAAUAUUUAAAUUGUUUAAAAUGAAACCCUUGUGACCGUGAUUGUGUGGAGCGAAGACGCGUCUUCAAAAUGAGAAUAUCUAAAGAAUUCAGCAAUAUAGCCUUAGGCCUCGGAAUAAUCGUCCUCACGUUCCUGCACCCCACAGACUGUGAUUUCGUCACCGACGCACCAAAGACCAAAGAAAUAUACGUAUACCAACGAGAUGGUCCAAAGGAUGUCCCGGAACCCGAAUUACUUCCAGUCCUCCACGGGAACGACACGAGAUGCCGAAUAUCCGAGUAUUUGUGUUCAAAUAAGAAAUGUAUACCGAUAAAUCGAUUUUGCGAUGGCACGAACGAUUGUGGUGACUCGUCAGAUGAACCGAGGCAUUGUACACGAUGCAAUAAAACUUACUACGGUGACAUCGGUAGGACGUACGAGUUGGAACUCCACCGCCCUCGGGAGGACCUGGUGCCGUACGUCUGUUUGCUGACCAUCACAGCGGCUGGCGGGAUCCAUGGAGAUUUAGUGCAGGUCCUUUUUGACAGUUUCACGCUCGGUCGCUUCACAUCGUUUACUGAAGAUGGCUGCCCAGACGGUUACAUGCAGAUUCAAGAAGCAAGCAGACCUCAAGUCGGCGGCUCCUGGUGUGGAACCUCCUGGGGACCAUCCAUCUAUUACAGCGAAACCAAAUCUAUAACGCUUAUCAUAAGAUUACUGCAUUUAUCAAAAGAACAGAAUAACUAUAACUUCGACUUCCGAAUGGCGUAUAAGGUUCUGAGAAGGGAAUAUGCUACUGUGCGAUACGGAGGGACCCCGCCUUCCGAACGGCCUUUCUUCAAACUAAGACCGCCGAUGCCUUAUCCCGUAAACAUAUCACGAAGCGAAGAUACGAGUCUGGCGAAGCCAACAAAAACUCCCGAGUAUUACCUUGGGGAUUUGAUCUCCGGAACUUAUUGCUCACGAAUAUUCAGCGACUGUGAUCGUAAAAACUGUAGGCUUCAGUCACCUAAUUUCCCAGGCGUUUACCCUCGAAACUUGACAUGUUACUACGCCGUACGGCAACACGAAGUGCCUCAAGGAAAACAUGCCCUGAUAGUUGUUAAACAGCCGAACGGCCAACUUGUUUCAAUUAGGAGCCAGAAGGCAUUGUACGCAGCACAACAAGAAAGGGGAAACAAUGGACGAGAACUGAAAUUUUGGCAACAAUGUGACGAAGUUCAAGACUAUGUGACGGUUUACGAUGGCUAUACGACGAGAGAUCCGGUUAUUUUGAGGUUCUGCGGUGGAGGCGUACCCGUACCAGAAGCUAUAUCAAGUGGACCUGAAUUGUUGGUGGAAUUUACAACGUCACCGUUUGGCACAUUUUUGCAGCCAGUAACAUCGCAAUCUUUACAUGGAUUUCAGCUGGAAGUUGAGGUCAGAUUUGUGGAUCAACAAUCCCCAACAUACGCUAAGAACAAAAGGGCUUGUGAGUUUUGGAUCCGAGGGACAGGCAGGGGGGUUUUGGAACACCCGCAACACUCCCUACCUCCAAACACCACAUGCCUUUAUCAUAUGCAGGGGAUAGACACCUCGGGGCCUUCGGGACGAAACAUUAUUUACAGGCGACCGUCGUUUUCUGCUCCGCGAUUCCGAGUGUGGUUUUCAGUAUUGAAAUUUUAUGUAACAAACGCUCUGAAUCCUAACUUACCCGAGGACGAGUACUGUGGAAGCCAUUUAAAUAUAUGGGAUGGCCCGAUGAGAAUAUCGCCCGGUUGCAGCGAUAUAUUUUGUGACAAAGAGCGAUCGGUGCAAAUGUCCCGAGCAACAUCACCGCAAUCAGUGAUUGUGGGUCGACCUCCAACAAAUGCUACUCUAGUAGCCCGCUUUUGCCGCGAGCGUGCCCCAAGGACCUGUGAACAUGCAUUGUUACGAAGAUCCAGAGCAUGUGCGAAAACUGAGAGCUUCUUAUCCAAAGGAGAUUCCUUGACUUUAGAACUGAAAUUGACGCAGGGGACCGCAUUGAAACCUGUUUACUUCAAAGCUCUAUACGAGUUUGUGGAUCUUCACCAAGACGGCGAACCCUGGGGCCGAGGGCUGUGUUCCAGGCGAUUUGCUUCGCGAUCAUUUCCGGAGGCUCCGCCCGAUCCACCAAUAACGUUUUCAUCGCCUCGAGACGUCUUUCUUUAUGGAAGGGGAGGAAAUCGAAACAUCAGUUGCACCUACCGUUUUGAAGCAAAUCCCGGUGAAGUUAUCCGGCUACGCGUGUGGGGUGUUCGAAGUGGUGGUCGGCUGUGUCGGUCUGUCCACUCCGCUCACUCUCCAUGGUACCGGUGCGCUGGUGACAUCACAGCUGCCGUCAGGGUCUUUGACAAACCCUGGAGGGAUGGUGGCUCGAGGAUACCGAGGGACUGUUUGUGCAGUGAUGUCGGGGACUACGAAUUCACGUCGCUCGCUACAGUCGCCGAACUUCGUUUCGACGUGGUCAACAUGUCGGCUUCCGACGACUUUAGAUCUUUCGGCUUCGAAGCCUCCGUGGAGUUCGUGAGAUUAGAUGCGGGCUGCGAAACUUCUCAUAAAGUUUAUGGAGCCAGUGGAGAGAUGCGGCUUUCAUCGUCGAAUCCCAUGUCGGAAUCGGAGCGUUGUGAACGACGUCCCUGGCUGAUUGAUCCAUCUCCAGGCCGUUACCUGUACCUCCAAAUCCGGGGCAGCAUCAUCAGAGAACCAGAGCUGGACAACUUUACACUCCUCAAUAACAUCACUGUUGCUCCAGACAUGAGGCAUCUAUGUAGGACACCUAACCGAAUAGCGGUGUACACUGGUGGACUUUCGCCAACGUUCAUUUGUCCUGAACCACCUGAAGAACAGAUCGAAGACAUGGUAGAAGUAUUCUCAGAUGGUUGGGCUAGAGAGGUAGAUCCUCUUGCAAAGCAUGUGUUCGCGUCGCCUUCUGCAUCAGACCACUUCGACUUGGACUGGCCGAGGGCUUUAAGUGUGGAGCUUGUUGCUGUAGAACCUGCUUCCUACUUCGUUACUUGGUUGGAACUUUCUCGAAGACACGCGGGCUCGCACGGCGGCGUGUUCGCGCUGUCGGGCGAGUGCGCGUACCGCUGCGAGUCGCUGGACGCGUGCAUCGCGCCGGCGCUGUGGUGCGACGGCGUGGCGCACUGCCCGCGCGCCGACGACGAGCGCCUCGCGCACUGCUCCGCGCUGCUCAGGAUACCCGCGCACUACGCGCUCGCAUUCAUAGCGUUCUUCACCUUCACCACCUUCAUUGUGAUAACCUUAUGGCGCUCGUGCAGACGGCGCCAGUCCGCUCUUCAACAGCGAUUGAAGAGCCUCUCCUCAGACACCGCCAUCUUUGACGAAAAAGAAGUGAUUUGCUGACAAAGCGAGGACUCUGUACGAUAUGUGGAAAUAGACCGUGUCACCACGGUUUGACCACUCUCUCGCACAGAGUCCUGUAUGCUUUAUACUCGUUUCAAGACGGUGGCACAGCCACUCCCAUGGUUAGCCAUGUAGCAAGGUACGCUUGACCGAUUCCUCUAAGUAGUGGGUCAAUUGUUGGUUGAUUGAGGGUAUAGAAUAUUGAAGUUUAAAAUUUUGUGACGGAAUACAAAAUUGUUGAGAGUCCUCAUAGCAAAUUGUACGAUAAACAAUCGAGAGUGAUGAUAAUGAGAAUAUUGUAAAUAAUUGUGAUUAUUUGUAAAGUAGGUAACGUUAGUGCGAAUAUAAAUUUUUGGACCAAGUGCUGUCGAUCGGUGGCCAAUACUUGGUUGAAGACCCUAACAGAACAAGGGACUGAUAUAGUUGAAAUAUUCGGAGUUGUAAGUGCAGGAUAAAGUAAAUCCACACGUAUGGUGAUCAGUCAAGCUGGGCUUCCAAUUCGUGAAAUGAAAUUGAAAGAAAAUACUAUUUAAAAUAACAUUUAGUUAAAUGAUUUUGUAAUUAAUGUUGAACACAUUAUUUACCUUUUGACCGCCAUUACCUUAGCGCCAAUGAAAAUAUGCCCGAUCUGUAUCGUUCACGAUAUGGUCGUAGCUACUUGACAGAUUUGUGACACUUAUAUUUUUCAUAAAGCAUAUUAUGGCCGUGGCUGUCAAGAAGUUGAAAACAAAUUAAAAGGAAACCGUAGUUAUAAUUCAUUUUUUCUGUAAUUAUUACGAGGUUGUAAAGAGAAGUGUUUUAAUAAAAAAAGACGGAAAUAAAGAGAAGCCCAAAAAGCCCAAUGUGUUCAGUAAAUGUUGCUAAGGAGCCCAAAAACGCACAAUGUAUGAUUGGCCGAUCGGAAAAGCACAAUUUGAGUUACGAAUCGAUUGGCAUGAUGUAAAUAUGUAGUUUCUUUCAAGGUUUGUUAAUCGUUGCAUAGGUAUAUUGGUGAUCUGCGGUAGAAUGACGCAUGAAGUGUUAGGUAACAAGUGUGUGUGGCUGAAUAAUACUUAGAUACGUAGAUAAUGCGUCAAGUGAAAACAAUUCGUGCGAGUUUCACUUUCGAGUUAAAGAAUCGUAUUAAAUAAAUUCGUGGCAAUAAUUUCUAAUGUUUUAAAUUGACGAAAUCGAAUAAACGUUGACCUGUGUUCUUAAUGUUACUCUAAAUUCGUAUACGUGAUAUGAAACUGCCAUUUUUGUAAGAAUAUUCAUGUUCAAUUAACGAAAUUAGUGAAAUGUUAUAAUAUAAUAUUUCUUUGGGUGUUUCUUCGAUUUUUUAUUUAAUUUUUGACCAUAUUUGGCACUCUCGUUGAGUUUGACAAGAUGUCUUUCGACAUACAAUAAACAUAGAAAUUCAAGCUUUAUUAUAAAGGAGAUUAUCUAUAAAAUAUUCCUAUUAAAACAUUGAAGAAUUUUCAUAUUGUAGGAACAUCAAAAUUAUGGUAUAUUCUAAUCGAAUAUUAUGCGAUGUAAAUAAAAAACUAUUCAUAUCUUAGCAAUGUAUUGAAGUGAUAUAAUAUGUUUGUUUCCCAAGGAAAUUAUUAAAGUUUAUUAUAUCGCGUUAACUAUUAGUGAAAUUCUAGGUAAUAAUUUGAUCAGUAAGGCAACAACAGUGGUUAUAUUUAUAUUUAUUGCGAGUUACAAAGCGAAAAUUAUUUCGCAUAAAAAUAGAAUUUUAUUUAUGAAGUUUUUAUUGGAUCACCAAAAAGUUUUUAAUUCUAGCCUUAUUUAAGCAAUUAAUAGUUUAUAUGGCAACAUUUUAACCGUCAAAUUCCGCGCCUUUUUGUUGAAUGCGCCAUAGACAUGCUAUUUUAACAACUUAGAAAAAUAUUGCUGUCAAUAAAAUUGUUUUUAUUAAACGUUUAAUAAUUUAUAUUUAGAUAAUUAUAAUGUUAAGGUUUACUAGUCAAAAUGGAGUAGAACGUUUGUAUCGUCUUCCAUAAAUGUAUGAGAAUCUCCGGUUUUCGUUUCCUCCAAUGCGUUGCGCCAUAUCAGGUACUCAGGUAUGAUUAUAAUUGAUACGGAUACUAAUUAAACAGAAUCAGGUGUUAUCCUGGAAGACAAUAAUGAUGGAUAAUAGCUGUAAUAAGCAGACAGUGUAGCCGAUGUAACUUGGCUGUUCGAAAAGAGACAAAAGAUUGUAAGAGCGAGAUCAAAGUAUAUGAAAACGUGGUAUAAGACAGAGAUGGCGAUAUUUUGUAGCUCUUUCCCAACGUGUCAAGUUGCAUCGGCCGUAUUGUACAUAAUUUCACGUUCAAACAAUGAUUACGAAGAGUUAUGAUGAUAAUAAGAAGUUUUUAAAAAUAAAAGUAUUUACUGCA